AUGGCUCAGUAUUAUCAAGUAACUUCACUAGAAGAAUUACAUCAUCUUUAUCCAAAUUUACAGUUUGAAAAUGUUGAAGGAAUUCCAUGUAUGGUUCAGGAGAAUCAAAUUACUCAAAUAAAUAAAGAACAGGGUCAACAAAUAAUUACUACUGUGGAUCAAUCUAAUAUUCAAUUAACGCCAAGUUCAGCAGCUUCAUCGCAGUGUAUUUCACCAAGAAGUCAAUAUGUUGUUCAACAACCAACAAGAUUUGUUAUACAACACAUUGAUGCAAAUGACUCAUCCAUCGAAACAGUUCAGCAAGUUCAACCAAAUUCUAAAUUAUCAAACUUGUCUGAAAAUGCAGAAAACUCACAAUUUAUUGAACAUGCUUUGACAUGCAUUGAAAAAAAUGAUAAUCAAAAGAAACAAUUAAAAAGACCUUGCAUUACUCAAAUUCAACCUGUACAUCAACCGAUUCAAAUUCAUCAGCCAAUUCAAACUCAAAAUAAGCAAACUCCAGUUAUCAUUCAAAAACAUCAGCUUCAAAAACCACUUAUUACUUCUCCAACAACUCAAAUAAUUCAUAAGGAUAAAGAAUCUUCUCAAAAUUAUACUCAACAAUUAAUAGGAAACAGAAGACCUUCGCAAACUGGAACUUCCCAACAAAUUAGUAACAGUGAUCAAAUAAUUCCACAAGUUCAAUACUUGAAUCAAGUUACAGUUAUUGAUGGAUUCUCACCUCCUAAUGCUAAUCUUAACAAUCAGUUACUUGGAAAUGAAACCGUUGGACAGCAAUGUCAAUUGGCCACUACAACUCAAAUUAAUAAUCAACAGUGUAAAACGAAAAAAAUCAGUCAACCAACCGGUAUAUCUACAAUUAUUCAACAAUCGCCUCAAAUAAUUAUUCCUCAAAGAUUUGAAAUGUCUUCUCAAUCUCCUAUAACUUCCAAAAUAACUCAAUACAGAAAGAAAGUCUCGCAAGAAGUGGAAUCAACCUCAACUCCAGUUUUUAUUGUUCAAAAAUUAGAUAAUCCAGUUUUUAUUAGACAACCGCAAGCUAAAAUCAGUUUUCAAAGUAUACAAACAAAUAGUGAAAAUUCUUUUACUUCGCCUCCCAAACACAUAGUGAAAAAUUUAGGAAAUAUCGGCCAAUCAGGUCACGAGCCUAAUAAUAGUCAAACUGGUAAGUUUUUUGUUGAAAGAAGUCAAACUGUGGGUCAUGUUAAAUUAGGUAUCAUAGAGCAAUCAGGUGCCAAAAGAAUUAUUGAACAAGUUAGUAGUGCAAAAGGUCCUUCGACAAUGUUCAACAAAUUCCCGGUAGGAAAAGCCAAAACAGUGGAACAACAAACGGAUUUAGUUUUAAUACAAAACGAAAAAGAAAUGAGUAGUACGUUACAAGAAAAAUUAACUAGUAAUUAUCAGUCGUCUGAAACUUCAUCUCAUAUUCAAACAUCUCAAAUUCAUACUUCUUUUAAGAAAACUGAUCGUAACGGACGUGAUAUUCAAAAUAUUAGUGCGCCUGGAAUCGGACAACAGUACGUAUCCAGAGGAAAAGGAGUGCAAACUUCUCCUCCCCGAUCCACUAGCGAUGAUAUUGAUCCUAAAAAUAAAAUUAUACGAUGUGGAAAUAAAGUUUUAAAAGAAGAAAUUACCGUUUGCGGAACGGAAGCAAGGUCUUCGUCAUUUAUUUCGGGACCCUCUCAAACUAUUUACACGGUGGCGUCAGGAAAUCAACCUAGUCAAAAAAAUGUUGAAAAUGUCGAAGAAUGCAGAAUGUUAGUUUUACUUUUAAACGGCGAAAAAAAAUUAAUCAAAAUUCCUGGCUCUCAACAAAAUAUUCUUUUGGGGCAAAUUUUACAGCAGGCCGGUGUAUCCAUCACCACUCCAACCUCGAUCGCCGUUGAACAAGUAGUUGAUGUUUCUAAAAUAGAUCACGUGGCAAAAGUUUCCGUUUGUAACAAUCAAAUAACUUCUGUUCCCAAGACGUCGAACAUGGGACAAUUAACGGAAACAUCUACCAAUGCAUUGACUGGCAUUCGUCAGAAUUCAUCACAACAUAUAUCAACCAUAAGUGUUCCACGAAAUCAACUAGAAUUCACUACUUCGAAAAUUGUCAUACCCAACGUUCAGGAAAUUGUGAGACCCCAAGUUUUAAGUAUAGAUAAUUCUAAUACGAACUUUCAAACAAAUCGAACUUCCUCAAUAUCAUCAUCAUCAUCAUCACCGUCGCCAUCUAAAGAGGAACCUCGAUUCAUAUCGGGUUACAUGGCGAUUUGUCCAUUUUGCGGAAUACAAUCUUUGGAUUUUAACAAAUGUAUUAGGUGUCGAAGAAAGCUACCGGAAAAUGUCAAAUCUCAAUCAAUUUUCAAUGCGAAAAAAAUGAAAGGAAACAAAGCCAUUACAGGAAUUGAUAAAGUUAAUAAUGAAAAUGUAAAGGAGCCAAAUGAAAGGCAAACAGAUUCCAGUGGUGAUAGUGAAAAAGAAAAAAUUUCUCCAAUACAAGGCCAGGAGAAGAAAAAAAUAAAGCCUUGUAUAAAAAAGAAAAAAAUAAACGAGGAACCAAGUAUGAAUGAUAAAAAGGGACCAUAUUAUGAUCCAUUUAACCACGAAGAAGAAACGCAUCGAAGGAUAAUUUUGCUUUUGGAUAAAAUUUCUGAAGAUAAUAAAAUUAUUCUGUACAAAAUUUUCGGUCAGGAAAAAUUAGAAGAACUUACUGAAAAAGAAGCCAACGAUAUUUUAAUUCGAGCUUCUCCAUCUGACUUGCAAAAUACCGUUUUAAACAAAUCAGUUAACACUGUUCGAAAAAUUAUGGUUUACCCCCCACCGCCUGAAAAAGGAGGUAUAACAUUAAACAAUCAAGAUUACGCUUGCUUAGGAGAGGAUCAGUUUUUAAAUGAUGUGAUUAUAGAUUUUUAUUUAAAAUAUUUGUUAUUAAAAGUUCUUUCCCCGGAGGACAGAAAUCGAACCCACGUAUUUUCUACAUUUUUUUAUAAAAGACUUACGACGAAGCCCAAGUCGUUAAGAAAAAAUGAUCCAGAAAACGAUUCUAAAUUAUCACCCGCUGAGAAAAGACAUAUGAGAGUCAAAGGAUGGACUAAGCAAGUUAAUUUAUUUGAAAAAGAUUUUAUAAUAGUUCCUAUUAAUGAACAUUCCCAUUGGUUUUUGGCAAUUAUAUGUUUUCCUGGAUUACAAGGACCCGUUAGAUUUUCCGAUAAUAGUCCGGUAGUUCUGGAAGAAUCACCCCCAAAAAAAAAUACUCAAACGCUUCAAAUAGGAAAUACGACUAUCACUCAUAUAAUCAAAUCGGAUGGAAAUAAUUUGGAUAUGGAUUGCAGCUCCGACAGAGACGAAGCCGAAGGGGAUCAAGAUGAUUUGCAUCCUUCUUCGGAUGAUGAAAGUGAACAGACUGAGGAAGAGGGAAACAUGAGUUCUUCCAACGUUCAAAUACCGCUUUUAACAUCUGCCACUCAAGCAGGAUCAGUUGCUAAGUUUAAAAAUAAUAAAAGAAAAAUAAAUAAAGAACCCAUUAAACAGCCUUGCAUUUUAAUAUUUGAUUCCUUGGCUGGAGCUAGCCGCGUUCGAGUUGUUGCAACUCUUCGUGAUUAUUUAAAAAUCGAAUAUAAAACUAAAAUAGGUCAAGAAAGAGAUUUUAGCAAAGAUACAAUUAAAGGUGCUGUUCCCAAAGUCCCACAACAAAAUAAUUUUACGGAUUGUGGUCUAUACGUUUUGCAAUAUAAUCCUUUACAUGACUUCAAGUUGCCAUUAAAGUAUUUACAAGAAUGGUUUCCUGAGGAAGUGGUGUCUGGUAAACGGCAAAAAUUAGCCAUGUUAAUAAGGAGUUUAAUGGAAGAACAAGGGAUUAAAGUCGAAGAAAUGGGUUUACCAAUCCUUACUUUUACCAAUGGAAAUUCUUCUGGGGUAUAUAUUUGUUUACAAUUUAAAAAAGUUUGA